AUGACGCGCACACGACACGGCAAAAAGACCCAUCACGCUCGACGCGAUGUCAAGCGUGCCAUGAGGACAAGAGCAAGGAAGCUUGACCCAGACCAGAUCCAGGCCAACCUCAACGACCCCAAGAAGCUCGAGGACCUUCAGAACCCCAAGGAGCUCGACGUUGACAAAGCCGGUCUUGGCCUGUUCUACUGCGUCGAGUGCGACCGCAACUUCCCUUCGCAGAAGGAUCAGCUCACACACAUCGCUUCCAAGCUGCACAAACGAAGGGCCAAGAAGAUCACCGAGGAGCCCGCCUACACCAUCGAAGAGAGUCUGCGCGCUGUCGGUAUGGGCAUCGAUAACAAGCAGCGUGCACCUAAGACGGCCGAGCCUGCAAAGGACAUGGCCGCCUAA